GUUGCCAUGCCCCGUCUCUCAACCAGUGACUUCUCUCUGUUUUAUCCAACAGACGGACUGCGCUUGUAGUGCGCAGGGUAAGGACAAAGAGCGUGCGUACGAUAAGACCCACAGAGAGAGAUCGAGAGAGAGAGAGAGAUGAUGAUGAUGGAUCGUAGAUCGAUAUUUGUUCUCGGUUUCAUCUGCAUUGCAGCGGCCGGCGUUGGAGGUCAGGCUCCGGGGACUUCUCCGACCGCUUCUCCGGCACCCCCGACCCCGACUACUCCGACACCACCAACCACUGCUCCACCAACCGCCACUCCUGCCCCGCCCACCCCGGUCACAUCUCCGCCGGCUUCUUCGCCCCCUCCAGUCUCCUCGCCGCCACCGGCGACACCUCCGCCUGCCACGCCGCCCCCAGCGACUCCUCCACAUGCUACACCACCGCCCGCUUCUCCUCCGCCGGCCUCACCACCCCCGGCAACACCACCCCCUGCCACGCCUCCCCCAGCGUCCCCUCCGCCAGCGUCCCCUCCACUAGCCUCGCCGCCGCCAGCCACCCCGCCACCAGCGACUCCUCCUCCGGCCUCUCCUCCGCCGGCAACUCCGCCACCAGCAGUCCCUCCUCCGUCGCCGCUCGCCUCUCCACCCGCUCUAGUCCCGGCCCCGGCUCCCGCUACGAAGCCUACUAGUCCGGCGCCAGGUCCAGCAGUGCUGAGCCCGCCGGCGCCACCGACGGGAGCUCCGGCUCCAAGCCUUGGGGCUACUUCGCCGGGACCAGCCAUUAACACCGAUAAGAGUGGGGCAGAGAAGAUCUGGUCAGUGCAGAGGAUGGCUGGGAGCUUGGUCUGUGGAUGGGCUCUCUUUUGCUUGCUGUCUUAAGAUUUAAAAGCUUCAUAUAUAUAUCUUUCUCUCUCUUCCCCUUCAUUUGUUUGAUCUUUUUUUCCCUGCGUUAAUUUUACUUUUGCUUUGGAUAUUAUUGGAUGUUAUAUUGUGCCAGCCUCCACUCCACACACACCACGAGGAUUGAGGGUGGGGGGGCACUCCAGUAUAUGUACUUUGAGCUAUACAUUCAGUUCAAUUCUUUGGGAGGUUUUUGAGGGGAGCUCUAUUGUAUUGAGGGGAGUAUUUCGAAUGACAUUAUUAGACAAUUGCUACCUCUUUCUCUCAUCA